AUGUUGUACAACUCUAUAUAUUUUGUAAUCUGUAUCGUAACUAUAUCCAAACAAGUGAUUUCUAGCUCAAGAGAAGAUGUUCUACUCGCUGAUUAUGAAAGAAAACUAAGGAAAAUUUAUUUGUUUAACAAAAUAAUAUCGAAACACCAAAAAUCUAAGUGGUUUGUUCAAGAACAAUUCCCAGCAUUAGAAAGUUUUAAUAUAGUCUUCAAUAACACGAGGCCAGCAAUUCAAAACCCUGAUAACGAACGCUUGGAAUCUACUUUACUAAAAGCUUUCAAAGGAGAAUCUGUGAAAAUUGUUGUUUAUGGUGGAUCGAACACGGCAGCUGGUCUAUUUCCUAUCCUAUUACAACAAUGGUGGGAUGAAAACAUUACUCCAGUCAGUGGGUCCGUGUUAAAAGUAAAGAAUCUUUCCAUUGGAGGGACUUCAAGUACAUACUUUCAGUUCUGUUAUGAUAUAUAUUUAGAUGCGAACGAAGUUGUUGAUUUGUUUAUUCUGGAACUUUCAGUAAAUGAUGCAGUGGGAAAUCUUCAAAAUUCAUCAAUUCCGAGAAACUUACCACUGGAGCAGUUUACAAGGCAAUUAUUAAACCGCCCUAAUAGACCAGGAGUCUUCUUUGUUAAUUUAUAUACUUUAAUUGGUGAGCCAGCUCAAUGCAUGAAUCUGAUGGAUUUUGAUCAGGAUCUAAUCAUUGAUCACUACAACACAACUGCAAUUAAUUUACGUAAUUUGGCUUGUUCCUUUAAAUUGGGCAAAUAUUUUGCUACGGUUAAAACGUACGAUCUUAAAGAUGCGAGUGGGACAAUGCAUCUUAAUCCUAAGGGACAUGCGCAAACUGCGUUUAUGAUUGUCCAGGUAUUCAUGCGAAUAUUGAAGAAGUUGAUCCAUAAUGUAAAAAUUUUAAAGAAGUCGGUUCAAUCUUAUAUAACUCCAUUCACCUCAGUUGGAACUUUAAGUAAUGCCAUUACAACACCUCAAUGUUGGGCAAGUUUAACUCCUAAUUACAACUCCGAGCUACGAAGCACUCUACAGCUAAAAAAUGUUAAAUCCAAUGGAUUUGUCUAUAUUCAGGGUAUUAGAAUAAAAACAUCUUCUUAUUCAAGCAAAGAAGAACGUAAAGAUGCUUAUGGCGGGCUUUCUGCAAGAGAAAAAGGAUCUGAAGUGACAAUCUUGUUUACUGUUGUAGCAGGACAUCCUCACAUCUUACGUUCGGUUGGCGUAAUAUCACGUUUCUCUACAAGCGGUGGAGAAGUGGAUGUUUGGUUGGAUAACGACUACUCAAAGCGAACUAAUAUUAAACUUCACGUAAACGCUGAACAAACUGCUGUCAGGAUAAUUGGGACACAAGUCACCCCUGGGAAUCAUACAUUAACAAUGCAUGUUGUGAAGAAAGGAAUCGCAGUUCUGGUUGGGGCAGUUGUUGGUCCUCCUGACGGGCCAUGGUAA